UCGCAGGCGACGGCUUGGUCAGCUCUCGGAGCAUGCGCAGUCGGCAUAGACACGUUUCACGCGGUAGGAUUGCUUGUUUAUAUUGAAAUAAAACUGAGGUACCAGCUGCCUGCUGAACCGUUUUCCCGUCGAAAAUGGGUGGGCUUCUGAGCUACUUCAGAGGCUUGCUGGGCAGUCGGGAGAUGCGGAUCCUGAUACUGGGUCUGGAUGGUGCUGGGAAGACUACCAUUUUGUACCGGUUGCAAGUCGGCGAGGUUGUUACAACCAUUCCGACUAUUGGAUUCAAUGUUGAACAAGUUACAUAUAAGAACCUCAAGUUCCAGGUGUGGGACUUGGGUGGUCAGACAAGCAUCAGGCCAUACUGGCGGUGUUACUUUUCUAACACUGAUGCCAUCAUAUACGUUGUUGACAGUGCAGACAGGGACCGUAUUGGCAUAUCUAAAGAAGAACUAGUUUCCAUGCUUGAGGAAGAAGAGCUGAAGAAGGCUAUUCUUGUGGUUCUUGCCAACAAGCAGGACUUGGACGAAGCUAUGACAGUGUCCGAGAUACACUCAGCGCUUGGUCUAGAUGCACUGAAGAACCGAACAUUUCAAAUAUUCAAGACCUCCGCACUCAAAGGAAAUGGCCUGGACGAGGCCAUGGAAUGGUUAUCAAAUGCACUUACCAACAACAAGUGACCGACGAUCAAGCAAAGAAGGAGGCUUCAGCCACGCCAGUCCACCAUCAUUGUCACCUCAAAGUGUGCGUUUGGGGAGAAGUGUGGAAAAGAACAGUUCCUGGGGCUGCCGACAAAAAGUGAGAGGAGCAGCGGUGCAGGAGAACUGGCUCCGCACAGCUUGGCGGCGAGGCGCGUGGCCACACUUGCAUGCCACGCGUGGACCCUGGUGCACAUUGGAAAGAAGGCCCUGAAGUGCGUCGCUUCUCUGCCAUUCCCCAUCUCUAGUCUGUGCCGAGAAAGCGAGGAGAGCCGCAGUUUGUGUUUUUGCCCCCUUGCUGAAAGCUCCUCAGUAGCCCCGACAUGUCGGAAACAUUCCUGGCUGGCUGGUUGGUCGAUUUGUUUUGUAUCUUCUGGUUAGGUGACUGUAAUUGAAGCUUUUUUUUUAUAUGUGUCUUUUAAGUCCAAGAUAAAGCUGAGCAUUUUUCUCUUGGACUUCUGCCUGCUCAUUUGUUUUUCUUUCUUUUUUUAUGUAGCAGCUUGCUUAUAGUGAGAAUUGCUCGUGAAAUUUAAAUGGCCCUCGCCCGAAGAAGUUCAUGUGGUGGGUGGCGAAAUAAGCCGUAGAUAUGGAGACAAAUUGGAAUGUGCAGAGGUGCAGAUGCACUUGUUCAUGAGUGGAUUGGUGAGGUGGGCACUCCACGGUACUGUGUGCUUUGGGAAAGGUACCUAUAAACUACUGCGCUUGAAAUCAAUCAUGGACACAUGCCAGACUAAUGCUGUUAUCCAGCUGCACUCACUUGAAUGGGACUCAUGGUUAUUUCAAGACAGGAAGGUGAUGAAAGGUAAAACCUUUUCAAGAAAGAGCGUUGGUUUUUCUUCUUUGUGAAUUGAUGCCUCAGGCCGGCAGAGUUGACAUGUAUGCCUGGCAGUAGUUGUGGUUGCCUGGUGCUAGCAAACUAUACAAUGGUGUGAACUUUGUUGUCUCCUUUCUAAGAAACAUAUUUUUGGAAAUUGCUGCUUUGGGUUGCCGAAUGCUUGAUCAAAUUGGUUUAAUUUAUUGGUUUCCUGUGAAUUCAUAACUCAUUCACAUGAGAUCUUCUUUGUUGGGUCAAUUCUAGUGUGCAUUCUUAUGUCAAAACCAGAGUUAAUAUUCAGUACAGAGAUAACAUGGGUGAAGCAGUUAGCAUAACCACAAUUUUAAUUUUGUACUGGAAGAUCGCUUCGAGUGAAAUACUACAUACUUGCAUAUGGCAUUUAUGCAAGUAUGUUUUUGUACAUUAAUAAUGUAUUGACAUGUUUAUUUCAGUUUGUGAGAAUUAAGGAUCAUAUUCAAGUGCAGUUCUGUGAAAGUAAAGAUUCACUAGUAUCUGUAGAUUUAUGGGAGGGACAGAGAGCAGCAUUAAAAGUUGCAUAACUUUCAUUGUUCUAAACCAACUAAAGGGUCAGGUGCCCACAACCUACUGAAAAACAUGACGUGAAAUUGUACGGCAUUGUGUUUUUAUUGGAAAAUGCCUGGCAUACCACAUCCUACAGGGCUGUAGUCUUGAAAGCAUUUCCUCAAUAUUAUUUUUUCUCCUUUGUCUCAAAAACUGCUGUCAUCUACACAGGCAGACAGCAUUAAAAGCAUGAAAUGCUGUCGCUAACGUGUGCCUGUGCAUGAAGGUGUUUAAUAACAAGCUUAGUGAAUGCAUUUUUCUUAGUUGUUGUGAAGCUGUGGACACAGCAUAGGCACAUUAAUUUCCAGGGCAUCCAUCAUUUCUAAUAUUUCCGGAGUGAUCUGCAGACAUGUGAGAGCUUUAUAAAUUUUGCUGUUUUAACAACCUCUGCUUUUGUAGGAAAGAUGCUGUGACCUCUAGGUAGGCGAGCUUUGUGCUGAUGCUGUGCCCACUGCUAUAUUUACUGAGAUGGAGGAUGACUAGUAUGGCAAAAUGGACGCACACAGUGUGAUUGGUUGGUGCAGCUAAUUACUGAAAAUGGGAAACUUGUCACUUUUGCUGGUAUGUAAGUGUCUUCUUCUAAGCGCACACCCAUGCCAAAGCCCGUUCAGAGUAUAUAUGUCGUUUAAAGGCAGCCGGGAAUGUGAAAUAAAGCUUUUUUUAUAAAUGAAAUUUUUGUGUAAUCGCCAAGGCUGCUUGGCCAUGCUCGGUCGUAAAUUACAUCUUUUUAACUUAUGCUUAGUUCAUGUAGAGUGUUUCAUGAUGUUCUCUUCUGCUGGCACAUUCACUGGUAUUAGGUCUUUAAGUUCUCCUGUGUGUCUUGGGCAUGAGGUGCCUCAAUAUAGCUGAACUAUUUCA